CUGUAGCUCUCGCCCGUGAUAGACCCAGGAGCUAUAAUUGUAACCCUUGACAGGUCCAGAAACUGAUGCCGACACCUUGGAAAAGCUCGUACCUCGGCACCUUCAUUAGGCCCAGGUGAUUUAGUCAACAUCCUAACAAGGCCCAGGUGAUGAUGAGGAAGACAUGCAAAAAAUUACAAGCAGAUGGAGCCCAUGACGCGCCAAGUCCAAGAUGUCUGAACUGACCAAGAAGCUCUUCACUUUAGCCUUCAUCAGAGAAGGAAAUCGCCUCCUGUUGGGGUACAAGAAGCGAGGGUUUGGCCAGGGAAGGUGGAAUGCCUUUGGAGGCAAGGUGGAAGCAGGUGAAACUCCCGAGGAGGCAGCUGUGAGAGGCAUGACAGUGCCCCUAAUGGAGAUGAAGCCGCAAUGGUUCAGUGUGGACAGUCUUCCAUACUCCCUUAUGUGGCCCGAUGACGAGCUUUGGUACCCUAUAUAUCUGCGAGGAGGAAAAUUCCGUGGACGUUUUCACUUUCAGGGCCAUGACAAAAUACUUUCAGAAAAGCUAGAAGAGGUGCAAACAUUUGAUUGAUUUCAUGUUGUCGCGCAAAUAAAAGGCAGAAGCAAUGACUUGGCAUCAUAGUCUCAAGCAAGCAUAAACACUCACCAGCAGCACAUAUUUGAUAUCAAACAGCUCACCCAAGAUAUAGGUGCAAAUAUUUGCUUGUUUGGGAUAAAUACACAAAUGUUCUGCAGUAAAAUAUUAUCCAACGUAAGAUUUAGUAUAGUAGUAGUAGUAGUGGUGGUAAUAAUAACAAUAAUAAUAAUAAUAAAAAUAAUAGAAGAGAGAAAUAGUUUAAAAUACUGACACGAUGGAGACACGAAUGCAGUAUAAUACGAUCUUUUAUUGAGAACGUUUCUCCCACACAAUGGGCUUCAUCAAUGACUUAAUGAAGCAGACCUUGUGGACGAAACGUUGUCAACAAAGGCUCGCAUUAUGCUGCAUUUGUGUCUUUCCGAUAAUAUAAUUAGGCAAAAGAAUUUCAUAAAAAUGUCGUAUAUAUUUGUAUGAAUUUAAAUUUAACAAUUAAAUAUUCACUAAUAUAGGGCUGUUAGCCUUUAUUGAUGCUGACGAAAGGCUCUUUAUCCAAGGAAUUAGAGCUCUCCCCCUGUUAUCCAUUCCCCAAAUGCUGUCCCCGAAGGAUUAUAGUGCUUCCCAUUAUCAUAUUAUUAUUAUUAUUAUUAUUAUUAUUGUUGUGUUGAGUUCCUAUUAGUGUAAAUUAGGUUUGGAACUUAUGUCUCACCUUAUUAUCACUCAGUAUUAUUCAGUAUUCCCGAGUAAUUUGUUAUACUUAGUGUAAGAUAUAUUGUACCCAUAUGCAUCAGUAUUUUUAAUAUGUACAAUAUAUCAGUGUAAAGUUUGGGACAGUUCAGUAUAGGUAUUAUUGCACAACUAAGUCCAAUACAGUGUAAGUAUCCCCUUAAGGCUCGUGCAGUACAGAAUAUCACU